AUGAAAAGUUUAGAACUGGUUCAGCGGCGAUUUGCUGGCGGGGUUUUCUUGGCCUUAUUGCUUUUAUGCGCGCCGGCCAGUGGACAACCGGUUAAUGAUGAGUUGUCCGCGGACAAUGCAGACGCCAAAGUUAUUUAUGAUCAAAGGCAAAGUGGUAAAUACAAUAUACGCAUCAAUAUUAAGGAUGUGGCUAUCAUAGAAAUGGAUAAUAGUGGCUUCGGUGAUGAGAACUUUGGCGAAGAAGAUUAUUAUUAUGACGAAGAGGAUUUAACGGUUAAGCCCUUAAAUUUCACCAAACCGCCGAAAGUAACGACUUCGCAUGAAGCGCUUUGCUCAGCAGAGUCGCAACAAGUCACCUCAGCACCAACGCAAGCAACAUUAUUGCCAACAAAAUUAGAGGAGUCCACAAACAUGUAUUCGACACCAAUUGCAACAAGCGUGUAUCCAACAAAUUACAAUAAUAACACCAUGGUGACAGACACCAUGUCAUCGCAAGCAACACCGAGUCAGACAACACAAGAAAGCAGUGACACCAGUUUCAGACUGCUUCCGUCCCUCCAUUUGAAUCAGGCGGUGUCUGAACCACGUUCACGCAAUAGCAUAAUUUCCAGAUUAUCAACAGCGCGUCCAGUAAGCGAGUCCAUGAAGCCAUCAAUUAUCUCGCCAAUUGCUGUUCAAGAAUCACCGAAGUUUUCAGGUGCUUUACCAAAUGCUCAAAGGCGUCAUCACAAUUUUGUGAACAAAUAUAGCAUGCUGCAAACCCCAAGGUCGCCGCUUUAUCCGCUAGCUAAAGGAUAUGGCCAACGUUGCCGAACACAUCAAUACCGCGACGUAAAUGGCGGUUGCCGCAAUAAGCGUUCUUCUUCAUUUCUAAAAAAAUUGCUUAGCAUCAUUGCCACGUUUCCACGCGAGCUUGUCAAAGAUGCUCCAGACGAAUAAGCGCACAAAGAAAGCACGCGAUCCAGUUGAAUGUACGAGCACACACACUACGAAGUACAUAUACAAAGGAAACAAUACAAUGCGAAGAAUACUUGCAUAGAUACAUUUUAUAUAUGUAUUAAGCAUU